CAUAGUUCCGUUUUACGCCUUGCCGAAGUCGGGAGCUCUCUGCUGCGCCGUCCCCACUUAAGUACGCAUUGUUAUUGUUCGAGUGUACAUCGAAUAAGUACGUAGUAUAUAUAUAUAUUUUUUUUUUUCGUGUGUUCGCUCUUUUACGAUUGUGCACUACGUGUCUGUGGUGAUUUUUUAACCGGCGUAUUAACGAGGAAAUUAAAUUUGAAAAAAAAAAAAAAAAUCGUUUGAAAAUGCGUUUCGACAUUGACAACCUGUACGGCGUCAUCGCCGUCGCCGUCGUCGGUGUCGCUUGAACUUUUUUCGAGUAAAAAAAAAAAACUCUUUUUAAUUAUUAAUAUAAAUAUUUAUUUUUUUUUUUUUUAUCGCGAGUAUAUCGCGAUUUUUGUGUUCGGUCAACGCGAAAAUUGUCAAACUGGAUAUCCGAAUGAGGCAGCGGAACGGACCCACAGUGGGCGCGGGAAAACGCCUGGCCAAGCGGUCCAUCAUCGGCACGCGGGUCUGUGCGCCGGCCGGCGACGACGGUAAACUGUAUUCCGGCAUAAUAGCGGCGGUCAAGACGGCCGCCGACGGUUCCGAGACCGGCUACUCCAUCAGGUUCGACAACGGCACGACGGGCCGUCGCGAGUACCGGGCCACCGAGCUGGUGGGUCCCGGCUUCCAGACACUGUCCGACCUCAGGCUGAUGGCCGGACAGAGAGUCUACAUAACGUUCAACGGCCGAGAAAUAUCGGGAGACGUGGUCGUCCACAGACCGGACACGGAAGAAGUGCGCGUGGCCAUAACGCCCCCGGGGCAUGAGGGUUCGAUCGAAGUGAUAAAAAAAUUGGACGACGUUCGAGUGUUGGAAUCCAGAAAAUCGGCCCGACUAAUGGAUCAGGACACGGAUUUCGCUAGGUUGGCUGACAUGUCGGACAGAAAACGCAGCUCGUCCUCGCAGAACGCCGUCGAAAUCAGCGGAUCAAGAAAACGCCGGCCCAGCACCAGCCAAGAACAGGACGAUGUGCGAGAAGAGGAAAUGAAAGACGACGACGACGGCAAUGAACCGAAAGAGGAAGAAAUGACAGAGUGCACCGCGGCCUUGGUGUUGAUGAGCCUGUCGUGCAGUCCCCACUCGCCGUCCAUACAAGGACGCAUGAUGAUGCGAUGCAAGCAACAGCCCGAAUCGCUGUCCACAAGCCCGUCCACGUCAAGCGAAGGAGCUUUCUCGUGCCGCAGCUCGCCGUCGCCGCCGCUCAGUGAAUCCAGCUCGUCGGCCGCAUGGAGUGGUCAGGGCUUGCCGUCAGUCGUCGACGAAGGUAUCGGACUGACCGACGACGAUUUCGAGGACGUACCAAAAAGGAAAAAGACGGAUUGCCGGUGCGUAUUUCAGUGCACAUGGCCGGGGUGCGUUACCAUCACGACCACCGUUGCUUCCAUAGAAGCCCACGUCCGGCAAAAUCACUUGGGGCCUAGACGUGAAAAAUCACCUUUGGACGACUCCACUAAUGAUUCGAUAGACGAUCACGAGGAAGAGUUUUAUUACACAGAAGUGGAACUAGGAGCGGCUUCGUCGCCGCCCACGUUGUCUCACCGGGACAUGGCUCGUCCGCCGCACGAAGAUCCGGAAUAUCAAAAGACGCUGAUAAUACCUCGGUCGGGCGCCGGUCCAAUGAACAUCCCCAGCACGUCGGCCAAUUGGCCGUUCACAUCCUUCAACGGACAGAAGCAGAUAAAGAUGAUGUACCAGAAUCUGGGCGGACCCAGGUUCCCGAGUAGCCCCAUGCGCAAAGUCCGGGGCGAGACGAAAAAGUGCCGCAAAGUGUACGGCAUGGAACACCGGGAAAUGUGGUGCACCCAAUGCAAAUGGAAAAAAGCGUGCACCCGAUUUGUGGGCACCAUGGAGAACAUGGCGCCACUGGCGUAGAACUUACGCUUUUUGCCAAUCACACUACGCUAACUGCCAAAUUAAACAUUUUUUUUUUUUUUUCCUUUUUAUAAUUUUUUUUUUUUGUCUUUCUAAACGCGUCACACUUCGGCGUUUAAUUUUUAUCUAUUUGAAUUUUUUUUUCUCAAAGUUUGUACUCCAAUUUUUACGUAUGGACAAAUUUUGAUUUUUUUUUUGUUAAUAUUAUUAUACACAAGCGUAUAAAAAUAAAUUUAUAUAUAUAUACAUAUAUAAUAUAAAUUUUAUAUUAUAACUA